GUGCUGCACUGCAUCCAGAGGGCCUUGAUCCGCAGCCAGGAGCUGGGCGAUGAGAAGAUCCAGAUCGUCAGUCAGAUGGUGGAGCUGGUGGAGAACCGCACCAGGCAGGUGGACAGUCAUGUGGAGCUCUUCGAAGCCCACCAGGACAUCAGCGACAGCACUGGCAGCAGCGGCAAGACCGGCCAGGACAAGUCAAAGAGUGAAACAAUCGCUCAGGCAGACAAGCCGAAUAACAAGCGGUCCCGGAGGCAGAGAAACAACGAGAAUCGAGAGAAUGCAUCUAAUAAUCACGACCAUGAUGACAUCACCUCAGGAACGCCCAAGGAGAAGAAAGCAAAAACCUCAAAGAAGAAGAAACGCUCCAAGGCCAAAGCAGAGAGGGAAGCCUCUCCCGCAGACCUCCCCAUCGACCCCAACGAGCCCACGUACUGUCUGUGCAAUCAGGUCUCCUAUGGAGAGAUGAUCGGCUGUGACAACGACGAGUGCCCCAUCGAGUGGUUCCACUUCUCCUGCGUGGGACUCAACCAUAAACCAAAGGGCAAGUGGUACUGCCCCAAAUGUCGGGGGGAAAGCGAGAAAACAAUGGACAAAGCCCUGGAGAAGUCCAAGAAAGAAAGGGCUUACACCAGGUAGUGUGUGGACAUUCACACGUGAGAACAGACC